AUGGUAAAGAAAGUGGGAAUGACACUCUCAGACGAAUUGAUUAUUAAGCUUGGAUAUAUAACACUACAAUGUGAAAUAAGGAGUAGGCUUUUCAUGAUGAUGCCAUGGAGACGGUUGUUACAGACACUCGGCAACCGCAGGUUUGGUUUGUUUGUGGUUGUCAUGGUAUUCAUGUGGGUCAUGACAGUCAUAAAUGUCAACUAUAGCAACAGAGAGAAGGAAAGUGAGCAAAUCAAAGAAGAGUUAAUCGAGUUGAGCUCUAAAUAUGUGAAGGCUUUGGCAAGAGAAAAUGCUAAUAUUGUGGAUGGGCCUUUUGCUGGGAGAUUCACAGGAUACGAUUUAAAAAAGACAAUGGCUGUGUUAUUGGAAAGUAUCCUUGGCAGGCUGGAGUCACUGGAAAUUAAAGUAGACCAUGUUCUAAACGGGACAACAAAUGCAACAAAAGUGGAGAGGGAUCAACCAGAGAAACUACUGCAGGCAGUGGAUCUUAUCUCUGGAAAGCAGGAGAAAUGCUCCCUAACGGAUGAAGAUAAUAUGAACUUCCCUAACUGUGCAACUAAAUUAGCUUGGAUGCGAGACCAUUGGAAGACAGAUCCAUGCUACUCUACAUAUGGAGUUGAUGGAACAGAGUGUUCCUUUAUAUACUACCUUGGUGAGAUUGAAAACUGGUGUCCAAAAAGUACGGGAAAUUAUGCCCAAAAACGAAUAAGUGACCAGAAAAAAGGAGAAUUUGCUCAAAUAAACACACAACUUGAAGGUUUGAUGGAACUGCUUAAAGACCCCAACCCAGAGCGGGCAAAUUAUGCAUGGGUUAGGAUGCGUAUCACACGCAUGUGGGGCAAGUGGACCUCAGAUAUAAAAAUGCUGCAAGCAAAUCAAAAUAUGAAUGGAAGAGUGAAGAAAAAGAUAAUUUUAUAUUUAGGACUUUUAUCGAGAGAAUCCCAUUGGGGUAUUGUAGAAAGUCAGUUUAAGGGGGGUCCACUUGGUGAGUUGGUCCAAUGGAGUGACCUGAUUACAGCUCUAUAUAUCCUUGGACAUGACCUCCGCAUCACCAGUGAGGUGGAACAGCUUACCAUGUAUCUUACUCAGUUGCCAAGUGCCCAGAUGCAGUGUCAGGUGCGGGAUGAUCUCCCCAUUGAUAUGAUCUUCACUGAUAUUAUGGGACUCACACAGUUCAAGAAGCAUGUAAAAUCUGGAUAUGGGAAAUUCAGUUGUUUGCUUCGCAUUGUCGAUUCAUUUGGUACUGAACCAGCCUUCAACCACAUGCCUUACGCCUCCAACCAUAAAAUGCGCACUACAUGGGGCAUGCAGAAUCUCAACCCCAAACAAUUCUUCACUAUGUUCCCCCAUACGCCAGACAAUUCCUUUAUGGGGUUUGUAGUUGAACAGAAGCUGAACAAAACAGUACAAGCAUCCAUCAAGAAGCGUCAGCAAGCUGUUGUGUAUGGCAAGAAUGAAUAUAUGUGGGAGGGUAAAAAGCCAUAUUUGGAUAUUCUCCACAAACACUAUGAGAUCCAUGGUACAGUGCAAGUGGACAAGCCCCCUAGUAAAGUCCUCCCUGACUAUGUGAUCAAUCAUGGAGUCUUAGGGGGUGAUGAGCUGUAUAAACUACUUAGCCAGUCAAAGGUAUUUAUUGGGCUUGGUUUCCCAUAUGAAGGUCCUGCCCCACUGGAAGCUAUAGCCAAUGGUUGUGUGUUUAUAAAUCCACGCUUUGUUCCCGCACACAGUAGCAGAAAUAACAAGUUUUUCCAGGGAAAGCCAACUUCUAGAGAGGUUACCAGUCAGCACCCAUACGCUGAGGAAUUUAUAAAAGAGCCUCAUACUUAUACUAUAAACAUAGGGGACCCUGAGGAAGUAGAAAGAACAAUAAAAAAAAUAAAUGACCAGCCUCAGGUGGAUGCAUUCCUACCAUUUGAGUUCACAGAAGCUGGCAUGUUACAGAGGAUGAAUGCUUAUAUAAAAAACCAGGACUUUUGUCGUGGCUCUGCCAUUUGGCCUCCAGAAAGUGCUAUAGAAAUUGUGCCAUCCAGUGUAGGGGAGUCCUGCAAAGAGGCUUGUUUUAAAAAAGAUCUCAUUUGUGAGCCUUCGCACUUUAAAGGCCUUAACACACAGCUUAAUCUAGAGAAACAUUUUGAUAUUACAUGUAAAAGUGUAGAUCGCCAGGAAGAUAUAUUCUACCCUGCUUAUAAUAAGGCAUACGGGACAUGUGGUCUACAGGCCCAAGAUCUUUUGUUCAGUUGUGUAGGUGACUCUCCAGAUUUAGCACGUCUAUGUCCGUGUAGGAACUAUAUAAAACAACAAUGGGCUUUAUGUAAAACAUGCUUAUGA